CAACCCACACCAUCUUUGCCCCAUAUGCGCCUCCAUCUCUUAUUCCUCUCACCUACCUUUCUUUCAAUUCUCUCUCUUUCUUUACGAAAAGUCUUUUAAUUUCAAUUCUCUACCUGAUUUCAAAUCUUGGGUCUCUCUCUCUUUUUUUCUUUUUCAAUUUAAUAUAAGUUGAUUCUUUUUUUUUUGUUUUUUUUUUUUGGAAUCAUUAUUGAUUGGUAUGGGUUGUACAAGUUCUAAGCUCGACGAUCUUCCGGCGGUUGCUCUUUGCCGUGAACGUUGUGCUUUCUUAGAAGCAGCUAUUCAUCAACGUUACGCUUUAGCUGAAUCACACGUGGCUUACACUCAUUCGCUUAGAGGUAUCGGUCAUUCUCUCCAUCUUUUCAUCAACCACCACCACCGUUUCGUCGCUUCCGGCGGCGCUACCGGUGCUGAUUCUCCUAGACUUAAUCUUCCUCCUCAGAGAAAAGGUGACCUUGACGAUGGCGACGGAGCAACAAAUUCACCUAAAAAAACAAAGCUUGCUUCUUCUCACCACAACCACGCUCACUCGGGUUCGGGUUCUGAUUCGGGUCAUCUCGAAUUCGAUUCAGAUUCCGAAGACGAUGAAGAAGAAGACGAUUUGGAUUUGGAUUCGUUGCAUCACCACUCUCCUCAACACCACCACCAUCUCGGCAAUUUCCCUAUACCCGAAUCAGCACCAAUGGGUGGAUACAUGGAACAACCGGGUUAUAUAACCCGGUACCCGAAUCCAGAGAUGAUGGGUCAUCUUCCUCCUCCUUACUCUGAUGGAGGAGGAAGUUAUAUGCACAUGAAUUACAUGAAGAACAAAUCCAUGCCUCCUUCAGUUGUCUAUGAGCAAAGACCAACUAGUCCUCAAAGAGUCUACAUAGGCGAAUCAUCAUCUUCAUAUCCAUAUCCUCCUCAAAAUCCAUAUUUUGGAUACUCAAAUCCAGUACCCGGAGACUACGGUUCUUCUUCUUCUACAACUGCUGCAGCCACAAAACCGCCACCGCCUCCACCGUCGCCGCCUAGGUCUAACGGUUGGGAUUUUUUGAAUCCGUUUGAUACUUAUUAUCCUCCGUAUACUCCGAGUCGAGAUUCGAGAGAGUUAAGAGAAGAAGAAGGUAUACCGGAUUUAGAAGACGAUGAUUCACAUUACGAGGUUGUUAAAGAAGUUCACGGGAAACCAAAAUUCGCCGGCGGUGGUGGUAAUCAACCGAAUCCCGCCGCCGUACACAUGAUGAGGGAAGAGUCUCCGUCUCCGCCGCUUGAUAAAUCCGGUGCUAGUACAAGCGGUGGAGGUGAUAUCGGAGAUGCGUCUGCGUAUCAGUCUAGACCGAGUGUGUCGGUGGAGAAACAAGGAAUGGAGUAUGAAGUUCACGUUGUUGAGAAGAAGGUUGUUGAGGAUGAGGAACGGCGGAGCAAUGCCACGGCGACACGUGGUGGUGGUGGAGGAGGAGGAGGUGGAGGGCCACGUGCGGUGCCUGAGGUUGCGAAAGAGAUUGAGAAUCAAUUCGUGAAAGCUGCAGAGUCAGGAAGUGAGAUUGCUAAGUUACUUGAAGUUGGGAAGCAUCCUUAUGGUCGUAAACAUGUUGCUUCGAAGAUGUUGCACGGGGUUACUCCUUCGGCGGUACCUUCUACCUCUGGAGUAUCUUCUUCGUCUGCUGCUGCUGUUGUGCCGCCUACUUAUGCAGAUAUUGAAGAAGAGCUUGCUUCGAGGUCGAGGAAUCUUUCUUCCACAUUGCACAAGCUCCAUCUUUGGGAGAAGAAGCUUUACCAUGAAGUCAAGGCUGAGGAAAAAUUGCGUCUAGCUCACGAGAAAAAGCUAAGGAAGCUAAAGCGUUUGGAUGAAAGAGGUGCCGAGGCUAUCAAAGUAGAUAAAACGCGGAGAUUAGUGAGAGAUAUGUCUACGAAAAUUCGGAUUGCGAUUCAGGUUGUCGACAAAAUAUCUGUAACGAUUAAUAAGAUAAGAGACGAAGACCUGUGGCCGCAACUGAAUGCAUUGAUUCAAGGGCUUACAAGAAUGUGGACAUCUAUGCUUGAGUGUCAUCAAAGUCAGUGUCAAGCUAUUAGGGAAGCACAAGGUUUGGGACCGAUAAGAGCAAGCAAGAAACUCGGCGAUGAACAUCUAGAGGCGACGAGUUUGCUUGGACAUGAACUUAUUAAUUGGAUAUUGGGAUUCUCUAGCUGGGUUAGCGCACAGAAGGGUUAUGUAAAAGAGUUGAAUAAAUGGCUCAUGAAAUGUCUUCUGUAUGAACCUGAGGAAACACCUGAUGGGAUCGUUCCUUUUUCACCUGGUCGGAUUGGGGCUCCACCAAUCUUUGUAAUCUGUAACCAAUGGUCUCAAGCUCUGGAUAGGAUAUCCGAGAAGGAAGUUAUUGAGGCAAUGCGUAGUUUCACUACAAGCGUGCUUCAGCUUUGGGAACAAGAUCGGUUAGAUACGAUGAUGACAGGGCACGGGGAUUCAGAGAAGAAAGUUAGGAACAUGGACCGAGAAGAACAGAGGAUACAGAGAGAGAUUCAAGCAUUGGAAAAGAAAAUGAUUCUUGUGGCACCGGGUGAUGGUAAUAGUCUUUCGAUAUCCGGUAACAUUGUCUACCAAAGCGAUACUAGCAGCGAUAGUUUACAAGGUAGUUUGCAACGGAUUUUUGAAGCUAUGGAGAGAUUCACUGCUGAAUCUAUGAGAGCUUAUGAGGAUCUCUUGAAGCGCACCGAAGAAGAAACUGCUCCACGAGAACUUGAGGAAGAAGAGGAAUAGAAAGCAAAACAGGAGGAAGACCUUUGCUUAUCAAUUUCAAUUUGAAUCCCAUGAUCCAGCUGUUUGCUGAUCUUGCAAUGCCAGAACACUCAGUUUUGCGGUUUGGUAUACCGGAAAACCAACUGGAAUCAUCUGAGACUCGGGCAAGAAACGCCCGUCAGGAUGAUGAUCUAAGAGGAGGCAGAAACCGGGUUAAGAUACGGCCAAUCGUCUGGUGAGUUUAGGCAUUUUAGUGAAAUUGGCUUUGAACCGGAUGGUUUUGAUGCCAUGGUCUAGAAAGGUUGGUGAUGAUAACUUGACAGUUAGUAGCCACAUAUGGACGCAAGUCACAGAUAUGAGUUGAGUCUAAUAAUUUAAAAUUUCAGUCUUUGUAUAUAAGACGCUUAGGAUCAAACUUAUGAUAAUUCUCAACUAUUCUUUUUGUAAAAUCCGAAGGUAGGAUAUAUAUAGCUCAGGCAAAUCUUUUGUUUUUCUUUUGAUCAUGUAUUAUUUCUCUGUCCAAAUAUGCUUUGUUCUUGAGCAGCUGGACUGUCUUUUAGUGGAGUAAAGUACGGUUUAUAUUCUAAGACAA